AUGGAAGAAAAAAAAUAUGUGGCAUGCGGAUCCCUUCUGUUCAUCCUCAUCUCCAUUUCCACCUUCUGCAUGGAGACGCACGAAGCGUUCAACACCAUCUACAACAAAACGGAGAACGUGACGGAGGGGAACGUGACGAGAGAGGAGAUCGUGUACGAGGUGGUGACGGACAGAUGGCUGAUGUACGUGGAGGGAAUGUGCGUGAUCUGGUUCACCAUCGAGGUGUUCACGCGCAUCGUCUUCUGUCCCGACAAGGCCGAGUUCUUCAAGAGCAUGCUGAACAUCAUUGACUUUGUGGCGAUCCUGCCUUUCUACCUAGAGGUCAGUCUGAGCGGACUCUCCUCCAAAGCGGCGAAAGACGUGUUGGGCUUCCUGCGAGUGGUGCGCUUCGUCCGAAUCCUGCGCAUCUUCAAGCUGACGCGCCACUUCGUGGGUCUCAGGGUUCUCGGACACACGCUUCGCGCAAGUACCAAUGAGUUCCUCCUGCUCAUCAUCUUCCUCGCUCUCGGCGUCCUCAUCUUCGCCACCAUGAUCUACUACGCCGAGAGGAUAGGAGCCAGUCCGGACGACCCUACGGCGAGCGCGCACACCAACUUCAAGAACAUCCCCAUUGGUUUCUGGUGGGCCGUGGUGACCAUGACCACCUUAGGUUAUGGAGAUAUGUAUCCGGAGACGUGGUCGGGCAUGUUGGUGGGGGCGCUGUGUGCCCUCGCGGGAGUGCUGACUAUUGCCAUGCCCGUGCCCGUCAUUGUUAACAACUUCGGCAUGUAUUACUCUCUGGCCAUGGCCAAGCAGAAGCUGCCCAAAAAGAAGAACAAACACAUCCCACGAGCCCCGCAACCCGGCUCACCCAAUUACUGCAAGCCGGAUGCCCUCGCCAUGGCGACGGCCUCGCCCCAGAGGAUCCUGGGUAACGUGCUGGGCGGCGUGCUGGGCUCGAGCGGGAUGGCGGGGGACUGUCCUUUAGCUCAGGAGGAGAUCAUAGAGAUUAACAGAGACUCGAAGCAGAACGGUGACGCAGCCAGCGCCGCUCUAGCAAACGAGGACUGUCCAACAAUCGAUCAGGUUCUUAGUCCAGACGAGCGCAGCCCGGUGGGCCGAACACAAGAAUGCUACCAGCAGGACAGAGCCUGCUUCCUCCUCAACACGCGAGAGUUUCGACCCGCUGAUGGAUUUCAGUUUUAUUUUAAUGAAUCGUUUAAAUCAGUUCUCAGAACUGACUCGAAGCAGAAUGGUGACGCAGCCAGCGCUGCUCUAGCAAACGAGGACUGUCCAACAAUCGAUCAGGUUCUUAGUCCAGAUGAGCGCAGCCCGGUAGGCCGAACACAAGAAUGCUACCAGCAGGACAGAGCCUGCUUCCUCCUCAACACGCGAGAGUUUCGACCCGCUGAUGGGAAUGUGCGGAAAGCCACGGGUUACGAGAAAUCUCGCAGCCUGAACAACAUAUCAGGAAUGGUGGGGUCGUCCCUGCGUUUGACCCCCAUCACCAGCACGCCCUAUGAUCCUUACGAGGCCCCGGGACCCCUCCACCGCUGCCGCUCACCCAUUCCCUCCAUUUUGUAGCAGAAAAAGCGGAAAGAGUGACAGAACGACUCAGGAAAGGAGGAG